UUAAAUAAUGGAUCGCCAGACGCGGCGGGCGAACUUCAAGAACCUGCAGCAGACGUCCAACAAGCUCCGAUCUACGCGCAGCACUACUCCAUUAUCACUGACCGACUUCUUUUGCACUCCAGAAGAAACUGCAAAAAUUGCCCCUGCUGCACCUGCCCCUUCAGUAGAAACCGAACUUCCUUCACCCAAAAUAAAACCCAUACGCGCCAGUAAUGUGUUCGAAAAACCGGGUCCGAAGCCCAAAAAGGCUCCCAAGCUUAAAGGUAGCAGCAGCUCAUCCACGGCUACUUCCCGUCGAGGUCGUGGAAGGAGUAAACAACAACCGACCAUCAGCAAUUUCCUGCGGAAUGAACAGCUCUUCUCCGAGGUCACUGCCCAGCACUGCCUGGCGGAUAAUUUCAGUCCCGACGACAUCGAGAUGGCGCUGGCGCUGUCCAAGUCGGAGGCUGAGAAACGUGGAUGCCUGCGCUUGAACGACGAAAACGAGGAGGAGGCCGUGGUGGAGCUAAUGGACGAUACUGUGGAGUCCUCUGAGAAUAUAAGGCGCAAGCUGCAGAAGUAUGGUUUUCGCACAGCGGCCAAAGAAGAUUACAAAUCCUUGGCAGUAUUGCCUGUGGUUGCUGGAAAAGGUACCAGACGCGGCAAAUGGGCCAAUAAAUUCACUGCUUUAACCCUACGAAAUCCCAAAGUGCAACAAAAGAAGUUGGAGGAAAAGGUGUCCACAAUGAUGGCUCAGCAAGUGCGCACAAAGGAGCUGCUGGAGAAAGACCGGUUGAUGCCACCCUACGAACUAAUCAGCUCCAAUCUUCAUGCACUCAGAGCCUCAAGGAAUUCUCAAAUCAUUCACGAACCUAGUGAAGGUGCCUUAGAAAAUUUGGGUCUGUACUAUGUAACCGACUUAAUUGAGGUAAGCCAGACGCCAGCCGACCAUCUUCUCAAAAAUUGGGCUGCAAUUCAGGGGAGGGAUUUAUCCCCAGAACGUGAGACUUCAAAAAGCCGUCAACUAAAACAGCAACUUGAAAUUGUAUACGCGGAGUUGGAAAAGCAUUUUGGAGAUACACAGGAAAUGGAUCAGCAAGUGGUGGACGAAUUGGAUGAACUGGAAAAGCUAGUGGCGGACAAUAUGAUCGAGGAUGACUCAAAGACGGUUGAGAAGGAUGCAUCCUCCACUAAAAGCAGUCCAUCGAAGGAGCCGCCCGAUAAGCGACCAAAAAUGGCCAAUGAUGAAAAGGAAAAUAAACAGCCGCUUUCUGUAACUAUCUUAAGCGUUCCCACACAGCUGACGCGUUGCACUUCACCCGAUCUCUUUGGUGACUCCGACGAGGAGAUGGAUAUUCCCACGAUUUCUAUCUCUAACGAACCGGCAGAGCUGAGAGAUUUCUCUCUUAAGGUCUAUAAGAAUAAAAGUCCUGUUAAAGAAGUGGAAAUAAUAAGCAGCAGCGAAGAACCUACUCAGAUAACCACCUACGAAGUCUUCUCUAGUGAUGAAGAAGAUAAAACUGACUUAAACAAUGAUUCCCAGAAACUGCUGGAGCCAAAUUCAUCUAGAUUAUCUCAGAAAAUAUUUAAUAUGAGUGCUGUAUUUGAAUCUGACUCCGAUAUAGAUAAUUUCAAUAUCACUUCAGCGUUGGACUCCUGUUCUCAGGCAGAAAGCUGUCCUAUUCCCCGGGAGCUGUUCCUUAAAUAUGCCGUACAGGAUAAGCCUACAGCAGAAAAAGAACAGGAGAAUUUGAAUGAAAUUUCUUUUGGCAUGGACAGGGACUCGGAGACUUUCGAAAACUCAUUCCACCUAGACAUAGAAACCCCUCCAAGCCAAAACAAAGGAAGUUCUAUCUUUAGUGAGCUCAACUUCUCCAGGAAAUCAUUGCAAAGGAGUGUUAGCUUGUCUACCGAUAACAGCUUCAAAAGUCCGUUCAACUGGAAGAUUGAGAGCUCCGCUGAGAAGAGGGAACCAAUACCAACUCCUUCCCCCUGCCGACACUCGGAUGUAAGUGUGGAUUUGACGCAAAACAGCGAUGAUGACAACGAUGUCAUUUUGCUGUCCGAUGAGGAGAUCAAUUACUCCAUUUGGAAGGCCAACAAGUCAACUAAGGCAGCUCCCAAUUUCGAGGACGAAAGCUCUGACAACAGCAGUUUAUCUUCUCCAGUGGCCAAAAAGCGCGCUGUACCCCAUUUUCAGACCGAGGAGGAUCUAGACGCCUUCCUGAUGGCUGGAAGUUCACGUUCGCCCAACAAGAGCAUGCUCAGCAAGGAGCGGGCAGAGUUCGGCAUCUUGGAUGCGGCUCCAUCUCAGCCAUUUAGCUUUUCCCAGCUGCAGAGUCUGGUCUGCAGGCAUGACUCGCCUUCGGGUAUUGAUAUCAAUUGGGCAGAAGCUUCGUUUUUGGAUGCACCAGUUAAGCCUUUGGCUUGCAAAAGCAGCCACAAAUUUGAUGACCUGCUGGCAAUCAAACCUAACCCGAAGGAGCACAAUUCUGACAACGAUUUAGAUGAAUUUGAUCAGUUGGUUUUUAAAACCAAAAAGGAUUCCACCAUGGCUAGUUCAGAAACGGAGGCUAUGCCCAGUGGCCUGGAUCUAUUGUUGAAUGCGGAGAUAAAAAUGCCAGCAGUAGAACCAGCAGAGGUGAGCGUCCCCAAAAAUGUGCCGGAUCAAUUGGAAGUUGCGGGAAAUGUGUACACCAUAAGUGUGUGCAACGAACCCAAGCCGGACUUUGCAAGCCUUCCGGAAUCGGAGAUUCUCCAGCUGCUCUAUAAUUACGGAAUCAAACCCCUAAAACGAAAGCAGGCCGUGAAAAUGCUAGAGUUUAUCUACAAUCAAACUCAUCCCAUUAUGCAAACGUUGUCUCCUCAACCAGAGCCCAUCGUUCGCUCCAAAUCCACUCCCGUGCUGUCUGCAAAACCACGUUCCCAGCUGGUCAAGUCCAUCCAUACUGAAGACUGCCUGACGCCAACUGAACCGAAAAAGGAUUUCAAAUUCAAGGAUGCCUCUGGAGAUGAGCUGUUGCGCUUCUCUCAAUCUCUGCCGCCAAGCCUGUGCGAUGACUUUGAAUUCUAUAUUCUGCAAACAAACGUUUCCAAGAAGACUCCGCAGCCGCUGGUGCCCCUGCACAUAGCCUGGCACAAUCUGCUUUGCGCCAAUCCUCGCUUGCACGAGAGCGUGCUCAUGUAUGAGCCCAUCGAUCUGCAGGAGGUCUAUUUGUAUCUGAAGCAUAUGGGUCAUCGCUAUGAUCCCAAGGAGUUGAGGGGCUUCAUGGACCGUAGAUGCAUCAUCUUUCGCUAUGAGCUGGCCGCUCCCGCCAAGCAGACGGCGCGUCAUGUUCGGAAGAUGCCCAAGAAGCCGACUAAACGAACUUAGAUUUAUAGUCAUCACUUAAUCUCGAUUUAUUGGAGUCUAUUCCACCUAAUACCUAUUCCGAAUGCAUUGUAUUGAUUGUAUAUUAUUAAGAAUUGAUUAUAGAAUUGUAUAUUGUUAUUUUUCACAU